AUGAGCAGACAUUCAAGCGGUGCUUCUCGUAGAGCCCGUUCUAGAGGUAGAACCACGAAGAGCACACGACCAAGACGAUAUCCAAGAGAUAUACCAGUAGUGUCAUCCUCAUUGUACGAUAGGAUAAAUAUACCAGUAACUAAUGCAAAUGAGACCAGAUCCUUCGGCACCCCUGAGAUUCUGAAACAACUGACACCUGCUUUUGAAGAUGCAAUUUACAAUCUACUAAGGAAAGGAUUUACGUUCGGCGAUCUUGUUCACCUGUUCAAAGUCGACAGAUAUACGCUCAGAAAUGUUUUCGAGAGGUUAAAUUUAAAUAUCAUCAUUCAAAGAAGUAAUAGAUCAUUUGAGCACCAGCAAUAUCUUGCCGAAAGAGCUACUUUAGAGAAUACCACUUUGCAUGACUCAACUACGCGAUUAAGAGCAACCGCUGCCCAAUUUCAAACCGACUAUAAUGCUAAUGGAAGAGACACAACCAACACUGUGCGGGCGAUCCCUAUACAGGUUGAUUCUGAUCGUUCACGUUCAAACCCGUCUAUAGCAAGUGAUGCAUUGCAGCUCCCUUCAGGUCCAUCGAAGGAGAAACUAUACAGAAAUAUAAACGAUUUACGAAUACCACCAGCAAACAUGAAUAGAACUACUGUCAAUGCAACCACUAAAUCUGAUAAAAACGAAAAUCCAUCAAAUGGAGCAGCUAUAAUAUGUGAGUCAGAGACAAAUAAUACCCUAGAUACAACAACGCAAAAAGGUACCCUGCAAAUAUCGGAGGUUGUAAAUUCAUCGAAAGCUAUUCCAGAAGAGGCCAACAUUCUACAACAAAAGAGUUCAUCUGAAGAGGCAACGGACCUGAGCGUAUCAGAUCCAAGCCUAAAACAGUCUAUAGAAGUAACAAAACCAACGGUAUCAGAGACAAUAGAUUCAACCAUACCAAAGGUAACAGGCUCGACGAUACCAGAGGUAACAGAGCCAACAUUAAUAGGAUCAAUUGCACCGCUAGAGAUAGCAGAGCCAAUAAUAUUAGAUCAAGCAGGAUCGGUGAUACCUGAACAAACUCCUCAAUUAUCUACAUUACAGCAACUACCUCGUCAGUAUAAAGUGGCAAAACAAUUCACAGCGAAUGUAUCUGAAAUGGGACAGCAGGAACUGACCCAAGGAACUUUAAAUAUUUCUUUAGGCAAAGCAGAGAAAGCAGAUAACAAGAAUGCUACUAAUACUAUAAUGUCUAUUACUGACGCAGAUAAGAUAACAAAUGAGGGCACCUUGAUUACUACUGACAGUGCUCCUGUUACUACAGGCGUAAACACGUCAUUUCAGCGUCCUACUGAACAUACUCCUAUACAGGAAAUAUUCGCACCUUCUAUUGAAGAUUCGACCAGAAAGGAGGUGCCUGAAGUUCCUACCAUUCACGCUAGAGCGGAAGGAACAUCUGUAUCUCCUAUCGAAAAAACAUCAAUUGAACAAAGACCUUCAAUUCAUACUGCAAGUAUUUUUAUAGAAGAAGCACCUGUACAUCCUACUGUAAAUACUUCAGUAGAAGAAACAUCUAUUCCGUUAGCUUCAAGCUCUGCAGAAGAGGCUAAACUUGCACUCCCCUCAGAAAACGUAAAGGUGGAAGCUUUAUAUUCAUUUUCAGCCGAACACUCCACACCAGAAGAAGUGUAUACGCCUCCUGUUUUAAAUAAUACAGAGGAAGAAGUACCUCGUACUCCUACUGGUGCACUACACCAGAACAUUGAUGACCAUACAUCUACUUCUGUGGUUGAGGACAACGAUGAAGAUAUCAACAUCUAUCCAGACCUUUCCCCAAAAGAAGUGAAAUCUAAUAGAUUUGUUGAUGUUUUGUUAGAAAAGUCUGAAGAUGUACCUCAAUUAAAAGCUAAAAAUAUGAAGAUAGAGACAGAAAAUCUGAUAGCAAAUAGUUCUUCCGAAUUGAUGAACGCAACUCAUUCCGCGACAUUUUUGGCACCAGAUGAUCCUCACAACCAACUUUUAAAGGCACCAACAUAUCCGGCUACAACAGUAGAAUCUGAGGAUACUGAGGUACAACUUGAAGGAGAACCAGAGGAUACGCAUAUGGGGCAAGAACUAGUAGGACUCAUGACGGUACAAGAACCAAAAAAUUUAAAACUGUCAAAUAAUCCGCGGGAUAUUAUGCUAGAGCAAGAUCAAGAAAUAUCGGAACCCUAUCAGUCAUCAGAUGAUAUUGAGCCAGUUCAAAAUAUUGAACGUUUGGAACCAUACCAGUCAUCUGAUAAUACCGAGGAGGUAGCAUUUUUAAGCGAUAAUAAUAACCUGAUUGAGAGCCCAAGUAUGAAAUCUCUAGAUACGUCGGGAAUAGAUACACCUCCUGGAAAUAAUGUAGAUAGCGUACAUGGUGCUAUACCGAAAGGGUCGCAUUUUAGGUUCCUUAAAACUGAGGAGCCUUCAAAUCUUAAUGCUAUUCAACUAGACAAUAAUAGUCCAACAACAGUAUUCACAGAAGAUAAGGAUGAAGGUACCGGAAAAAACCAGGACCUUCAAACAGAAAUCAAGAGUGUAAUAGACGCUAAUGACCCUGACAGAAUUAAAUUUUUCAAUACUGCAAACGCCGUGCAACAAAAUAUGCAGAAUGCUAUAAAACAACUUAGCCCGCUAUGGGCCCAAAAUAAACAGCACGUUAACUUCUUUUCUACCAGGAGUGAUUUUAAACAAUUUAUCAAUAGGUUUCGUAAGAGUGCAAGAGAUAUCCAAGCUUUCUGCAACAUAUUAGAUUAUGAUUAUGCUCAUUUACACAAGGAGACAAAUCCAAAACCUACAGUUUUAACAGGGGUCUCUCCAAAACCAUCGAACCAUAUUGUGCCUCAAAAUUCCCAAAUUGUUAAAGUAGGGUCUACCAAUGACGCAAAACAUAAAACAGAGCGCAUCAAGAAAUCAACAGUCAAGGAUAUACCUGUCAAGAAUAUAAAAUCGAAUCCUGCCAAAUCAGGUAGAUGCAGUGUAUUUGACAUUAGUGGUAUUUUCAAUGAGCCAAGUGCAAAGAAAAGGGUAAGUCAUACAGAAAUAGAUAGGCAAAGUGGGACUUCUAAUACGAAACCGACGAGUCACAAACCAGAUUCUUCAAAUAAGAAGGGGAAAGAAGGGGUUAGAGGCGACACAACUACAAAAAAUAUUCCUAAUACAAUCCAUGGUGACAUAAAUGAACCAAAAAAAUCUAAGGUCAAUAAUAAUGCCAAUAACGGGAGGAAACCAAGCUUGACUAAAGAAACUAAAGGAACAGAAAAUCUUAAAAAUAGCAAAGAUGUUCCAACCAACACACCGAGUGUGCAAAAAAACCCAAAUAAUAUUCCUAUUGAUAAAAACAGUAAAUUGCCUGGCUUUUCUCAAGGUAGUGAUGGAAAUAUGAGAACAAAUUCUCAAAAUUUUCCAGAGGCUAUUUUCGAAAAAAAUACAAGUAAGGCUACUGGGAGUCAUUCAAAUGGCUCAAUUGGAAACGAAAGUACUAUGUACCAUAACAAUCCCCUUUUAAGAAACAAACAUAACCCAAGCAAUGUGUCAAACUCUGUCCCACUUCCAAUUGGACCCGGCAGGUUACCUGGCUUAACUCCCAGACCAACAGGAAGAUAUUCGCCAAACAGGAGAACAGCUAACUCUAUAAGGGAUAAUAAAAGACGAACUCAACCAUUAACAUUCCCAAGUAGUUAUCCACCUCAACAAAAUGCGACUAAUUUAGGCACACGCUCGCCUGAGAAGAACAACCUUAAAACAUUACCGGGAUCGGCACAACAUAAUGAUUAUUACAACAAUUUAAACCUACCAUCUGGGCCAUCUAGAAAAGUGCCGGAACCCCAAAUACACAGUCGCAGAUCGUUACCGAUAAACUCUAUGACACAAUCACCACUCAAAAGAACAUUUAAUGGCCCACAAGGUACUGUAGAGGAAAAUGAUACAUCUACACUUUCAAAGAGGCCUCAUCUUGACCAUGCACCGGUGCCUCAACAUGAAUGGGAUAACAAAGAUGAAUCCAAAAUUGUAGAUAACAGUUUUAUUCAAUUAUCAAAAGUAUGUAUAAGAUAG